AUGUCCGUUAGGAGUGACAAGGCUCAGGAUGAGCGCAGUGACGGAAUGAACAAGGUUCAAACGACUGGGGGAAUCUCACUCUCUCCCGAGCUUUUCGAACAGCUCUACCUCGCCCCGAAGCAGAAUGUUCACGGACACUUGAGGGAAAGAUUCGGGAAUCCCACCCCCAUAGCCAUUGGCGGGCUGAUGCUUUGCACAACGUCUCUUGCCAUGGUCCUCCUGGAAUGGCAGGGUGCUGGCGGUUUCGCUGGAGCGGCGAAUGUGGCAUGUUACAUCUACGUCGGCGGCUUACUUCUCCUACUAGGAGGAAUCGGAGAAUGGAUUAUUGGAAACACCUUCCCUGCCGUCCUGUUCAUUAUCCACGGAGGAUUCUGGACUGCCUUCGGUUACACGAUCAUCCCUAGCAUCGGUGCAUACGGCGCAUACUCAACCACCGGCGUUGCCGCCGAUGGUUUAAAAGAACCCCAAUUUUUCGCCACAUUUGCUUUCUCCCUGGUGGCGAUGGCAAUUGUGUCUACAUUCUUCACCAUAGCAGGCCUCCGGACUAACGUCGUCCUCUUCGUCUCUCUGGCCCUCCUAGUUCCUACUUUCGCGGUCAUUGCGUCCUCUUUCUUUGCGAUCUCACACGGUCAACUGGAGCGCGCAAGAAACCUUCAGCAUGCCGGCGGAGGGCUUCUUUUUGCUGUCUCUUGCACGGGCUGGUAUGUCUUCCUGUCGAUGCUGCUCGCGUCGGUGGACUUCCCUAUCGCGUUGCCGGUGGGAGACCUAUCCACCGUCAUUGUGGGGAAGUCCUCUCGGUUAGCCAGCAAGGGAGAAGUUUGA